ACCAUCAAACCUCAACCCAACGGCUACGACAACAAAAUAAUUUGCUUGUUUUUUGCUCAUCCAAACAUGGCCUUUUGCCCCGCCGCCGGCGCCGCUACCCAAGCCGCAGCUCCUUCACUCGCCAAGCCGUACCGCGUCAACUCCAUACUCCAACUCCCCCUAAAGCUCAACAAACUUACACCUCGCUCGCACAACGCCCGUCCCGUCCUCUGUACCCUAACCGGAGAAUCAUCGGCGGUUCUUCAGCGCCCCGAUCAAUUCGGACGGUUCGGCAAGUUUGGUGGGAAGUAUGUCCCCGAAACGCUAAUGCACGCUCUCGAUGAGCUCGAGACCGCAUUCAAAACCUUGUCCAACGAUCGAGAAUUUCAGAAAGAACUAGAUGGGAUUUUGCGUGACUAUGUUGGAAGAGAAAAUCCCCUUUAUUUUGCUGAACGACUUACUGAACACUACAAGCGUCCUAAUGGUGAAGGGCCACACAUCUACCUUAAGAGGGAAGAUUUGAACCACACUGGGGCACACAAGAUUAACAAUGCUGUUGGUCAAGUUUUGCUUGCAAAGUACUUGGGCAAGAAGCGCAUUAUUGCUGAGACUGGUGCUGGUCAGCACGGGGUUGCCACUGCAACUGUUUGUGCUCGCUUUGGACUACCAUGUGUUGUUUAUAUGGGUGCUCAAGAUAUGGAGAGACAAGCAUUGAAUGUCUUCCGGAUGCGGCUUCUUGGUGCUGAGGUUGUACCUGUCCACUCUGGGACGGCCACACUCAAGGAUGCUACAUCAGAAGCUAUAAGGGAUUGGGUUACCAAUGUUGAAACAACUCAUUACAUUUUGGGAUCUGUUGCAGGCCCGCAUCCAUUCCCCAUGAUGGUUAGAGAGUUCCAUGCUGUGAUUGGUAAGGAGACGAGGAAGCAAGCGUUGGAAAAAUGGGGUGGAAAGCCUGAUGUGCUUGUUGCAUGUGUUGGUGGAGGUUCGAAUGCUAUGGGCUUAUUCCAUGAGUUUGUUGAUGACAAAGAGGUGAGAUUGAUUGGCGUGGAGGCUGCAGGUUUUGGUGUCGAAAGUGGUAAACAUGCUGCCACUUUAACCAAGGGAGAGGUCGGAGUGCUACAUGGCGCCAUGAGCUAUCUGCUUCAGGAUGAGGAUGGGCAGAUAGUUGAGCCUCAUUCCAUCAGUGCUGGGUUGGAUUAUCCUGGAGUUGGGCCUGAGCAUAGCUUUUUGAAAGACAUAGGAAGAGCUGAAUACUAUAGCGUAACCGAUGAGGAGGCUUUAGAAGCUUUCAAGAGGUUAUCUCAGUUAGAAGGCAUUAUUCCUGCACUUGAGACAUCUCAUGCAUUGGGAUACUUACAGAAGCUGUGCCCAACUUUGCCAAAUGGAGCUAAGGUUGUGCUUAGUUGUAGUGGCAGAGGAGACAAAGAUGUUCAUACAGCUAUUCAACAUUUGAAGGUUUGAUUGCAGUGUUUGCAGCAACAUGAGAGUAUGCUCUUAUAAUCUUGGCUGGCUAUUAGGUUGUAUCAGUAAUGCAUGACUCUUUUUUUAUUGAAACUAUGGUAAUACAUACAUUGAAAAGAAAGUUCAUUUGGAAAUAAACAAAUUGAUUUCGAAUUUCGA